AUGGGAGGAAUAAGAACUGCUGGAGUUUCAAGGGGAGCUUUAUCCAGAGGAGAUCGUAGUGGACUGAUUCAAGUUAAGGGAGCGCCUUCUAAUGAUUCGGCAGUGACCCCUCAAGUUACUUGUGGGUACUGUGGUAAACCCAAUCACUCUGAGAAUGAUUGUUGGAGAAAGUCUGGGAAGUGUUUGGCUUGUGGUAGUACCGAGUACCAACUUGCGAACUGUCCAAGUAAAAUGAAGAUAGGAGGAAACAUUCAAAGGCCAAAAAGUCAAUCUCUAAACAGACCAGUGCUGGAGGAAGUCGACCUAAGGUGCCUGCUAGGGUUUAUGCAUUGGAUCAUCAACAGAUACCUGAUGCGACUGAGGUGGUUGAAGGUCGAUUUGAUAGGCUUAGCAAUUAAAGGGUAUGAUAUGAUCCUAGGAAUGGACUGGUUAACCCAUUACAAUGCCCAGUUGAACUGUAAGACAAAGAUAGUAGAAUUGUGCAUUCCGGGAGAGGCAACCUUGAAACUGGAUGUAAGGGGUAGAUUAACCUCAUCUGCACUUAUCUUAGGAAUCCGAGUUAGAAAAAUGUUAAGUAAGGGAGUUCAGGGAUAUAUGACUUUUCUAAUCAACACUCUUAGUGAUAAAGUGAGAUUGGAGGAUAUGCCUGUAGUGAAAGAGUUUCCAGAUGUUUUUUCUGAAGAGUUAGAGUCCUUACCCCCGGAAAGGGAAAUAACUUUUAAAAUUGAUGUGACUCCGGGAGUAGCAACUAUCUCUAGGACGCCAUAUCGGAUGGCUCCAGCCGAACUGAAGGAAUUGAAAUUGCAACUACAGGACUUGUUGGAACGGGGUUUUAUAAAAGAGAGUGAUUCACCGUGGAGAGCCCCGGUCCUGUUUGUUAAAAAGAAAGAUGAGAGUCUAAGAUUGUGUAUAGACUACUGA